GGGCGCGAUCACGUGAUCCAUCUACUGGAAACGCUUGUUUGGAGGAUGUCACAACUCACCAAUUCACGUCGCUUGAUCUGUCACCAUACUGUCCAGAGGUGAAUCAGGUUGGGUGUUUGAUAUUACAAUGCUGAGGAUAAAAUGGGAGCUGCUGCUAAUGGCCGUCAUAUGCUGGCAGAGAGUCCACACAGAUAAUCAUGAGGCUAAGAAGAGUCUUGGGCAUGUGACUGUGGUAGUUGUGGGUGGGACAGGUGACCUGGCCAGGAAGUACUUGUGGCAAGGCUUUUUCCAGCUCUACUCUGACCAAGUAGGCAAAGGACACACCUUCUCAUUUUAUGGUGGGGGCCUUUCGCCGACCGAGAAGGGGACGUCGGUGCUGUUCGAGAUUUUGAAGGAGCUGGCUUGCCCUCUGGAGCUCUCUGCAGAGCGCUGUGCUUUGGUCAAAGACCAGUUCCUGCAUCUUUCCAAGUAUCACCAGCUGAAGACUUCUGAGGACUACGAGAAGCUCAACCAGCAGAUCAAACAGCAGCUAGAACAGGAGGGUAUGGUCGAAGCAGGGAGGCUUUUCUACCUCUCUGUUCCUGCUUUCGCAUACGCAGACAUUGCCGAGAAGAUCAACAACACUAGCCGCCCACCGUCUGACGCAUGGCUGAGGGUGGUACUGGAGAAGCCAUUUGGUCAUGACCUUUAUAGCGCUCAGGCCCUUGACAAAAAACUGUCAGGUCAGCUGAAAGAAGAGGAGAUGUACAGGAUUGAUCACUAUUUAGGAAAGCAGGUUGUUUCUAAAAUACUGCCAUUUAGAAAAGAGAAUAAGAAACUUCUGGACCCUAUCUGGAACAAGCACCAUAUUGAAAGAAUAGAAAUUGUAUUGAAGGAAACCCUGGAUGCCAAAGGUCGAAUCCAGUUUUAUGAUCAAUAUGGUGUCAUUAGAGAUGUGAUCCAAAACCACCUCACAGAGGUCAUGACUCUUAUGUUGAUGAACUUUCCUGCAAACCUGUCCAACAGCAAGGAGAUACUGCAAAACAAGCUUAAUUUCUUGGCUUCCCUUCAAUAUGCAGAUAACAGUAAUGCGGUGGUAGGUCAAUACCAAGCUUACAAUGGAGAGGUUCAGGAAGAGCUAAAUAAAACAAAGGACCACUUCAGCAUGACCCCCACAUUUGCAGGUGUGGUCAUUCAUGUUGACAGUACGCAAUAUGAGGGUAUCCCCAUAUUUAUGACCUCAGGUAAGGCACUUGACGAACGGGUUUCUUACGCACGUGUACUUUUCAAAAGCGACGUAUUUUGCGUCCAGGAUCCCAACAAUGUUCAAUGCAAAUCCAAACAGAUUGUGUUUUAUCUGGGUCAUGGAAACCUGCAGUACCCUGCGAUUCUUGUGAGCAAGAACCUGUUCAAGCCUGAACUGGUAAACAGCGGUGACUGGAAAGAGGUCACCGAAUACAAAGACAUAAACGUGCUGGGGUUAUCACUUAGUGACUAUUACAUCCAGUCACCGGUCACACCCAGAGAGGCUUAUUGCGAGCUGAUCUCGCACGUCUUCUUUGGGCGCAAGGAUAACUUUAUUAGUGCUGAAGGACUCCUUGCUUCCUGGGCGUUUUGGACUCCCCUACUUGAAAGCCUGAGUCAGGUCUUUCCACGGGUGUAUCCAGGUGGCGUAGCCAAUGGAAACCUGCUGAACUUUCAGCUGCGGGGCCAUGAGGUCGCCUAUAGCCAUGAAGCCGUGGUCAACGUGAUCAACCCCGGUGCUGAGGACAACUUCCAGGUGAUGCAAGGAAAGUACCGUAGUUCUGAAAUGAUAUCUGCUUGGGCGCAGGAACUGGUGGAGCGCCUAGCUUCUGAUCUUCUCCUUGCCGCCGAGGAGGCCAUUCGUGAAGAAGGCCAGUUUCACCUGGCACUGUCUGGUGGCUCCAGCCCGGUGGCUCUGCUCCGUGCACUGGCCAUUAACCUCUACACCUUUCCUUGGCGCAACACUCACAUAUGGCAAGUGGAUGAGCGUUGUGUGCCACAUACAGAAUCAGGCUCAAACUUCCGGUCCAUUCACGAUCUCCUGCUUCAGCAUAUCCGCAUACCCUACUUCAACAUCCACCCCAUGCCUGUGCAUCUCACCCAACGGUUAUGUGUGGAAGAGGACGGUGGUCCAACAUUAUAUGAGAAGGAAAUCACGAAACACAUCAACGGCUCUAGCUUCCACUACAUCCUGCUCGGCGUAGGCCAGGAUGGCCACACUGCCUCGUUAUUCCAAGACACCAAAUUGGAAAAUGACGAUGAACGGUUGGUUAUUCUGACAGAAAGCCCUAUUAAACCACACCAGAGGAUGAGUCUCACAUUCACAGCUAUCAAUAAGGCUCGAAGGGUAGGUGUUUUAAUUAUGGGCAAGAACAAGCAUGAACUUGUCAGUCAACUCAGCCGAAUUAAGGGUGAAUCACCCAAGUAUCCCAUUACCAAAGUACAGCCGAAGAGUGGCACUCUUAUAUGGUACAUAGACUAUGAUGCAUUGUUAGGAUAAAUGGCCUAAAGACCAGUACAAAUCAGCCAGUAAAGCCACCAACCAGGGCUUAUAGCUCAAAUUGAAUUCUGUAUUGUGAAUGAUUGAGGAGUGUAAGUUGAAGUUUAUUUUUCACAAUUGAGGUGUGAUGUGUGAGAGUUAUUUUAAUGCUGUGAUAAGGACUUUGCAAUUUGAUUGUUAUGGAAUCAUUGCAUUAUAAACAAUUGACCACUUAAAAUCUCAGGAACUCUAGUAGCUUACAAAAACUUUUUUUCCAAGUAAUCCUUAUUUGAAGAUCAAACUGUGUAGAAACAAUUCAGAAGAAAAUUCCAAAUCAAGCACUUUUUCCACAUUUGUCACCAAGCAGUGAUCAGAUAAAACAUAUUUGAAUGCUCUGUAAUUUGACUUUUUAACUUUUUCUGUAACUGCAAUUAUUCAUCAGACAGUCAGGUUAAAUUUGAGAUGAACGACCAUCUGGUCGUCUUCCUUUAUCAGAGCCCCCCCCUUCUUUAUUGAAAGAUUUAAAUUAAAUAGUAAAAUCCAGUUCUAGGCAUGAUCACAAACCUCAGGUUAAGAAAUCCUAAUAAAACAUGUAUACAAACCUUGCCUAAGACGGCAUAUCCAGUGUUUUUAGAAUCUAAACAAAUGUUAAUGUACUGUUUCAGCUUUAGACUGAAUUGAGUUUCUAUUGUUGGCCUUACUUGAUAAAUCCAUUCCAGGACUGUAUUGUUGACAGAACGUAUUAGUGUCAAAGAUUUUUGUCAUACCUCAGAAAACAAAGGUUCAUUAUGUGUAGGGCAGUUGAAAAGGCACAACACCUUACAGUGGUUUUAUAUCUGAACACAAAUGCCUUUAUAAAGUCUGUUUUUAUACUGUGUUGUUUAAAAUCUAAGAAGCGGAUGUUAGUCAGAAUUACACGGUUUAUGACACACUGCAGCAGUUGUUUCUGACCAGCUAGACAGCAUUGUCUUAUUCAUAACCACCAAUUUAACAGUCAAGCAGAGCAACAUUACAUUCCACAGGGAUCUAAUCAUCAAAUGUGAAAAUGUUAAUAAAACAUUAAAAUCAAUGCAUACCCAUUGAAGUCCUCGCAUGUAUUUACACAAUUUCUCAUAGAUUCCUAUGUUAAGGUGCUUAUCAAUACAAAAUGUAUUAAUACAAAUCGUAGAGAUUCUGUUGUGUGUAUUUCAAUGAACUAUGUGCCUUGCUGAGUGGUUUAACAUAUUUGAAUAAACAUGUCUUGCUUUUCCACUGUGUUUUAAGGACAUUUUGUUAUCUGCUAUUCAGCUGUAUUACAUGGAAUCACAUACAUCAUUUCUUAUUUUGCAGUGGUUUUACAACGCAGCAAUAAAAUAUAUUUUUAAAAUUA